AGUCAAUGCACUGUAUUUCAAAACAGCAGAAACAUUUCCUUAAUAAGAAGCUCACUUUGGAACUGUAGACAGAAGUUUAAAUUAAGAUGACAGCUCAAACAAAUAAAGGAAUACCUUUAAGUUCAAUUAAUCCACGAUAUCUGCACUCAAACUCCACUAGCCACACCUGGCCCUUCAGUGCUAUAGCAGCACUCAUUGACAACGCUUAUGACCCAGACGUCAAUGCAAAACAAUUUUGGAUAGAUAAAACUUUGAUCAAAGACCAGGCCUGCCUUAUGUUAACGGAUAAUGGAAAAGGCAUGGAUUAUGAUAAGAUGCACAAAAUGCUCAGUUUUGGUUUCAGUGAUAAGAAGACAGUAAAAGGCCAUACCCCAGUGGGCCAGUAUGGUAAUGGUUUUAAGUCAGGCUCCAUGCGUUUGGGGAAGGAUGCCAUCAUCUUCUCAAAGAAAGCUGGCACCAUGUGUGUGGGUCUAUUGUCACAGACUUAUCUUGAGAAGAUAAAAGCAGAGAAUGUCAUAGUACCUAUUGUCGAGUUCACCAGCACUGGACACACAGAUGUCAGUGUUGCACCAGAGUAUGAGGAGUGCCUUCAUGAUAUCCUGACACAUUCUCUGUUUAACACAAAAGAAGACCUGCUGUCUGAGUUCAGUGUCAUUGAUGUGUUGUGCAACAAAUCAAAAAGUGGAACCCGCAUCAUCAUCUGGAACCUGCGCAGAACAUUUACAGGAAACUUGGAAUUUGACUUUGAAAGGGACCGCUAUGACUUGCAAAUUCCUGCUGAUGUGUACGAAAGCACCAGGGAGACAAAAAAGCAGCAGGCAGGGACUAUCAUGUCAGUGCCAGAGAGUGAAUAUUCAUUGCGGGCAUACUGUAGUAUCCUUUACCUGAAGCCAAGAAUGCAGAUCAUCCUUCAAGGGCUGAAGGUUAAGGCUCAGUAUGUGACUAAAACUCUAGCAAAUGUCGUAAAAGACUCGUACAAACCUGUGUGUAAUCCUACCCUUAAAAAGGGAAUAACAAUCUCAUUUGGCUUCAACACAAGGAACAAAGAGCACUAUGGAUUGAUGAUGUACCACAAAAACCGCCUCAUCAAAGCCUAUGAGCGUGUUGCCUGUCAGCGCAGGGCCAACAGUACAGGAGCAGGAGUUAUCGGAGUGAUCGAGUGUAAUUACCUUACACCAACUCACAACAAGCAGGACUUUGACAGUACAGAUGAGUAUAGGAGAACCUUGCUAAGUGUAGGUAGCAAGCUUGAGGAAUAUUGGAAAGAAGUACGCCACAGUUUUAAGGACUGCCCUGAUGUUCUGGAAGAUAUUGUGUAUCUGCCAGAUCAAAACUGGGUUCAGUGUGAUCAGUGCUUGAAGUGGCGAAAACUUCCAGACUGUGUUGAUAUUAAGCGGCUCCCUAAAGCGUGGUUCUGCAAAAUGAACUCUGACCCCCAAUACAGGAGUUGUGAAGCUGAAGAAGAGCCUGAUUCAAUCGAUGAACAACAGGGAUACCAGGAAACAGAAAGUUCAGGAAACUACAAACAGGAUUGUGCAGCUGAAGAAGAAUCUGAGGAUUCAGACGAUGAACAACAGGGAUACCAGAAAACCUACAAACAGGAUGAGAAAAAUAAAAAAAUACAAGAAAAGAAGAGCAGUAAGCAGGUAAUGUCAUGAUGGUUCAUCGUUAUAGUGAAUCAGUUAUCCCUAGUAGUAGAUGGAUUGUUUUUUUUUUUUUUCUUUCUGUGUAUUAAUCUUGGGACAGCUCAUUUUUAUGUUAAGUGAUUGCCCUUAGUGCAGCUAUUUAAAUGUAUGUGAUGAGUUGUUCUAUAUUGCUUUAGGAAGGUAACCGUCUGGGUUUUUAUUUAUUGAGUCACCUUUUGAUAUUUAGUUUAUCGUCUUCUAUUGAGGAAGGUGCAGGCAUCUGCUCUGAUACAGCAUCAGUAAUUUCAUGUAAAAUUGAUCUACUGCAGCACAUUCAUUGCAGGGCACCAUGCAUACACAUAUACCCAUUAACAGACAGUUUAAAGCCACUAAUUCCUCUAUCAGAGUGUUUUUAAAGGGGGAAGGAAACCUAAACCUAAAGCUGUAACACUGUUUCAUCACACAAAGAUUGUCUGAAGUCGUGCAUAAUCCUUAUAUUAACUAGGGCUGAAAUAAAUGCACAUAUUGAUCACAUUUGUAGAACUGUAAUUGCUUGAUUAAUUAAAUAUUCACAGUUUCAACGGUUCUGUAUGCUUCAUUUAUAUGUUUUUUCGCUAUCAGCAGAGCCCUAGCCCCAAGACAUCCUGCCAAACACCAUCCGGCUCUGAGCUCAUUUCCUCUUCUGACACAGAAACUCGCUCCAGAUCUCUUGAUAACACUUUUGCUGACACUCAGGGCACUGCUCAACCUUCUGCUCCCACUAGGAAGAAGACAGCCCUGGUCCCAAAUCAAGACAGCCCUCCUAAAACGAAAGCUAGAGGAAAAGGUUUUAGUACCACACCAGAUAGUUUUCUAAAGGCUAGAGAUGGUAAGGAAGCACAAUUUGAAGAUUAUGGGAUUAACAAGAGCACAGUGAAGAAGGAACAGAGCAAUGAAUUCAAAAACAUCAGCACUGAGGACCAGCAAAACUAUGGUCAGUAUCUGCAGGCCAUGGAGAAGAUCAAGGAGCUCCAAAAUAAGGUGGACAGGCUAAAAAAUGAGAACCACACUUUCUUGACCAGCCUGCAGAACGAUUUAGAGGGGAUAAAAAAAGAAAUUGAAAAAGUGAAGGUGAAUGUGGCAGAUCAACAGGUCCAGACAGAUUUUCCCUCCUUCCAUGAGGAAAGUACAGUAACUUCAGCAGAAGCCUCAAAUUCAGGAAGAGGAAGAGACUCACAGGAGCAUGAGACACAGGACAGACCAUAAUAUGGACAAUAAAACAAUAACACACAAUUAUGCAGAAAAUCAGUGUGGUGACAGUGGCUGGUGAGUUUCCUCUGGUACUUCUCAAAAAUAUGCAGAUAAGAUUAAUUUGCAUUCUCACAUUGUGAAUGUUUACUGUAGGUCCUACCACAGUUGUAAAAUGGGAACAAAAACAUUGGUUAUCGCGAUUGGUCUCCCCGGUCCCUACAGAGUCUCCAGGACUACACAGAUUCCUGGAUGGACAAAUGGAAAAUCAGUCACAUUUGUGGUGUCAGCAAGUUAUUACACUUGCAAUUAACUAUGAAACAAUAUGAUAUUAUUAUACUAUCAUUUAAUUAUUAACAAUACAACAUUCUUACUGUAAUUACUACUGUUACUUUCUA